UGCAAAAUGCAACAGGAGAUCUCUGCCAUAUACUCUUCCGGAGAUGUGACAUUUCAAAAGACUGUAUCCUGCUUGAAUCUUCGUUCACCUUAGAAACUGUUCCAAAUUACAUGCAAAUCUGGGAAACUGAUAUACAUAAUGAUUAACUAUUCGUAUUUUCCUGAUAAUUCUUUUGGAGCAAAAGAAAGAAGAGUAUUCUACCUAAGUAAUGGAUUUGUUUAGGAAAGCAAAUACAAGAAAAAACACAAUAAUUUUGAUGUAUGCCUGCAGAUUUUGAUGAGUGCAACUGCAACAACAACCUAACAAACCGAAAUUCACCAAGUGCCAGUAUUACAAGAAAUCAAUAUCAAGCUGUGUCAAACCAACAAGAAGCCAACAAACAGCUCUACAUCACAAAAAAGGAAAAGGUGACGACAGGUGGGAGGAAAGAAUAUGCUUGUAAAUCUAGCAGGUGCAGCAGAAAGGUUCAUGCUUUAAUCCUUAAUGUGUUUGUGUUUUCAACCCAAAGGAUGUAGAGAAAAACAACUUUAUGGCAUGACUAUGGCAUGACCCGGAACAUUACUGUCUUGCUUUUUACAUUAUGUGCUGUGCAGUGUACUGUGUGUCCUAGUGUAGUUUCCCCAUUAGAUUUACAGCCAGUGUAAAGUUCUGUGAAAUAUACUGAAGUGGUUCUUAUUGCGGUCUUGUGUUACAUUAGUUAUUCUGAGGCGUUAACUAGAGAAUUGCACUUGGAGGGGAUGGAAACAGGAGGUGUUUGGCAAAUCAAAUGAGAAAAAGAACCGUAUCUUUGUAAUCUCACACCUCAACAAUGAAACAGUGAAGUUAUGUUUUUUGAGUCCCCUCGAGUCAGUGGCCAUUGGGAUGAUGAAGCUUCACAUUAUGAGGAAAUCUCUGCUACUGAAGUUUCAUAGAACGGCAGCAGUAUUCUUGAUUUUGCUCUCUUUGUUUGUAUUUGUCUGUUUCGUGGUGGGAUAAACUUCUUAACCGAAUAAAAUUAGCUUAAAAGAAAUAAAACCUCUUUUUUCGCAAGUCUGUUAGCGAAUCCAAUAGCGCCACCAUGUGGUUCCUUUAAAAAAAUAAAUAACAACACUUCACAGACCUUCUUUACUGUGUCCUAUGUGUCCUACUUUGUUUUGUCUAAGUGUGCUAGUGUUGCACUGUUGCUCUCAGAUGCUGGGCUCCACAUUACAAGUAUUUCACUUUAUAUGUGUGUGAAGAUUAGAGUAUGUGAACUAGAUACACAACAAUUGCAAUAUUUUCUUUUGCAGUGCAGUACUGUUCCCAUAACACUGCACUGAUUGUAAUUAAUAGCUUCCAUGCAAAGAUUUGGGGCUGCGGUCCAUCUUGCAUUGUGUUUAAACACAACACGUAUUACAAUAUGCAUCACUAACUCAGAGGUACCAGAGAGGAUUUAGGGAUUGAACAGAUUCCAAUGCUCUUUUAAAAUGUCUAAACUGUUUCAUUUCAGUUAAACAUUAAUUAAAAAACAUUCACUGAUUCAUGCAAUCUUUCUUUUUACUUGAUAAAUGCAAGCAAACAAGAAUUAUGCUGACGGUCUGUAGCCUUGUACCUGUGUAUCAAAUGGAUUAUCAUCAUGUUUGUCCUUCUGAAAAGCGUCUUCUCUGCAUUUUACAACAUCCAGACAACAAUACCCUUGAUUGUUGAGUUUUUUAAUGCUAUACUGUAUAUCUAAUUAAGGGUUGGUGUAGCUAAGGCUUUUGUUCCAUUGUAGGUUUACCCAGAAAGCUUCAGAGCAGCCAACAAAAGCUGCCCUACAUACAUAGAGCCGACUGAAUGGGAAGACCAUAAAUUGUGUUGAAAAUCACUGGUAUGCAUGAGAAGUGGGAUUCCCUCAAGCGUAAACAUCCAUGUUGCUGAGAAAAGGAGGGUGGAUGGGAAAUGUCUCUGGGUCUCCUCCACACUGUCAGCUCUACAUGACGACUUCCACAGGAUGAAGAUCAGAGAUAGCUGAAUACAUGUAAACCCAACUGAGAAAAUCAAAAUGUGCACGUUUGCUGACGGAAAUUAUAAGAGUUAAAGAGAAAAUGACUAAAGGAAUUUGGUGGCAGAAGAUGGGAGUCAUUUGCCUGUGACAGAUAUAUGAUUAGAAAACUGUUUGCUUCACAUAUCGAAGAUCCACUGACCUGUUAAAUGAGGGCAGAGGGAUGUGGGGGCUUGGAGAGGGGAUGAAGCAGGCAAUUAUGUUUAAGAACCCACUGCAGAGCACAAUGAGUUCAUAACUAAUGGGGAACCGAUUGAAGAAGGGGUGGGGUCCUCAUAAAUACAACACCCAGGACAGACAAGAGUUUUUCUGUCACAGGAUAGUCCUCUCCGUCUUUUCCUGGAGACACUCUGAAGCAGCCAGUCGGAUAGAAACCUUGAGUUUAAUUGGUGAAAAAUGCCGGAGGAGGAAGAACGAGAGAAAUUAGCCAAAGCUAUCAGACAGUGGAACGACAACAGACUGGACUUGUUUGAAAUAAGCCAACCUGAUGAGAACUUGGAGUUUCAUGGCGUCAUGCGCUUCUACUUUGAGGAUCACGUUGGAGGAAAUGUGGCCACAAAGUGCCUUCGUGUUUGCAGCAGCUCUUCCACUCACGAGGUUAUCGAAACGCUUUCAGAGAAGUUCAGGCCUGAUAUGAAAAUGCUGACCACAAGUUAUUCCCUGUGUGAGAUCCACGCCAAUAAAGAACGGAAACUGGAUCUGGGUGAGAGGCCUUUGGUUGUCCAAUUAAACUGGACUACAGACAACAGGGAAGGACGUUUUGUGCUCAAGAAAGACAAAGAAGGUUUAGAGGAAAACUGUCACGAGAAGGAAAAAGGAGGCGUGAUGCAAAACUUCAAGAGGACGCUGUCGAGGAAAGAAAAGAAGAAAGAGAAGAACAAAUCCAAAGCGACUGACAAGGCUUCAGAGGAUGAGAACAGGUCAACUGAAAAGCCACUGAACAACAGCAGCAACAUUUCUAAUCAUGAGACAAACAAACAGCAACAGAGGCAGGCCACCCCAGGGUUAAAGCUAACCGGAGGUCUUUCUCCUGACUUUUCUGAUCAACCUGGAUUACCAAUUGGGAUUAAAUUCUGCGAUAACUCUGAGGAAGCCUUCCUGUCUGCAGUCAUAAAUUACACCAACAGCUCCACAGUUCAUUUCAAGCUCUCGCCUGCUUACAUCCUCUACGCCGCAGGACGCUUUAAGCUGCAACGCCAGUACAGGCGAGGAUCUCCAUCCUCAGGGCAGACACACGGUGUAACUUCGAUCGCAAACAAAAUGGUGGCCAUGACAGGGAAGGUCAUGCAGAGGCAGCAGGCCAUCGCCGGCGCUCUCACCUUCUGGAUGGCCAACUCCUCUGAGCUGCUUAACUUCCUCAAGCAUGACAAAGACCUCAGCCCGCUCACACAGCAGAGUCAGCUGGAUCUGUCGGGCCUGGUACACGAAGCUUACAGUUACCUGCUACAGUGUCUACAAAAUGAGUUAAGGAAGCACCUGCCAACCUUUCUGAUUGAUCCUGAGCAUCAUGGUCCACUGCCAGCUGGCAUAGAGAUGGUGCUGAACACCCUGAUGAACACCAUGUCUCUUUUACGCCGCUGUCGGGUCAACCCCGCCCUCACCAUCCAGCUCUUCUCCCAACUCUUCCACUUCAUCAGUGCUUGGCUCUUCAACCAGCUGAUGAGCCCGGAGGCCAACACGCCAGGCCUGCGCUCCCACUACUGGGGAGCUGCUCUCCGCCAGAGGCUCAUGGCCAUCGAAGGCUGGGCAGAGAGGCAGGGCCUGGAGCUGGCUGCCGACUGCCACCUCGGACACAUUAUUCAGGCAACCAUGCUCCUGACCAUGAAUAAGUACUCAAUGAAAGACGCGAAGGACAUCCAGAAUACCUGCUUCAAGUUGAACUCACUGCAGCUGCAAACGCUGCUAGAUGGCUACCUCUAUGCAACCAGUGAACCUCACAUCCCCCCUGAUUUGAUCGAUGCCGUGGUCACGGCUGCUGAGGCCUCUGCAGAUAACCUGAUCCGGAGCGAAGGACGGGGCAUCCAGCCGGAGGAGAACCUUGACCUCCACCUGCCCUUCCUGUUGCCAGAGGGAGGAUACUCCUGUGACACUGUGAGAGGAAUCCCUCCAGGGUUUAGGGAAUUUUUAGAGCCAAUUUGCCUGAAAGGUCUCUGCUCUUUAACAUCCCAGCCAAACUCCGAAGGUAACUGGACUGUGUACUUCAGUGAAACACCUUCUUCUGCUGAGAGCACAUGCUUGGUGGCACACAGAGACCCGGAGAUUGUGAAUAUUACUCUGAACAAGCCGCUGAACAGUGGAAUGGGGGUCAGCAUCGUAGCUGCCAAGGGAGCAGGUCAAGGUAACCUUGGGAUUUAUAUCAAAUCUAUUGUCAAGGGAGGACCGGCCGAAAUGAAUGGCAGGUUAACAGCUGGGGAUCAGCUGCUGAGUGUGGAUGGUCAAAGCCUGGUUGGCCUCAGUCAGGAAAGGGCAGCAGCCAUCAUGAUGCAAACCGGCCCCGUUGUGACCCUACAGGUUGUGAAGUUUGGAGCGAGCUACCAUGGCCUGGGGGCUCUGCUGAGCGAGCCAGUCUCAGAGUGGACUACGGGCAAUGAAAGUGUUGCAGAUCCUGGUCCCUCACAACAGCUCCAUGGAGGCAGCAAAAGGAGGAAAGACCAGACAAUGCAGAGAAACAGACAGCUUUAUCGCUCCAACCCCAACAUGACCAAUUUUGGUCUCAAAGAUGAACCCGACGAUCCUGUCGUAAGCGGGAACAACAUGACUGCCAUCUCCAGUGUCAACCUUUGUGCCAAUACAUUUCAAAGGGAAUACCUGACACUUCCCACUCCCAAGUCCCUGGACAAGAAGCUACCAGAAUCCAGGCGACCACAGCAAACACUCAAAGUGUCUCUGAGGACUUCAGAUGGACAGAGCAGCAGUAAAAGGACCACAGUGCGUCAGGCUCUGUCACAGGAGAACUUGUGCAUGGAGAGUGGAGGCCCCCUGCUGGACAAGAGGCAGAAUUUAUGGGAGCAGAAGGCCCAGCGUGUGAAGCACACCAUGAGCCACUAUUCAUCCUUCCCAAUUCGCUCAUGUGUUUCUUCUCAUGACAUCCUCUCAGAUAACUGUUCUCCUACAAAGCAACAGCAAGGCAGCCGCACAAGUUGUGCCGGUAUGUGGAGAACUCCCUUUUCACAACAUCCAACACCUACACCUGCGAUCCAACCAAUACGUAUAGAUAUCCCUGUCACCAAAGUGGUGAACACCCAGACAAAACCUCCGCUCAAAACCUUCCAGAGUUCAUCUUUGCUGGCAGUGAAGAUGAACCAAACCCUUAAAAUGAAUGGAAAUCCUCAAAACCAGGCCCAUCAUAUCUAUGCAUGUCCCAAACCUGCGACCAAGAAGCUACCUCCGCCCUCACUCCCAUCCAUCACACACAGGGAUCAAGCAGCAAAACCCCAAGUAAGCAUCACUCCAACAAAACAUGUCUCCUUCCAAGAACCUCCAACUCAGCAGAGGCAGGUCUCAUGUCCAACAACGCAAAAGGACCCUCAAGGGGUGUCUGAUCCGUGGAGGAGGGAUGCCCAGGAAAAGCUGGAGAAGCAGCACAGGCUCCGUGUGGUGGAGCUCCUGGAGCAGGAGGUGCAGGAGCUCCAGGCCAAAGUGAAACGCACAGCGGAGGAGGGCGACCGGCUCCGAAAGCUCAGCCUGGAGUGGCAGUUUCAGAAGAGGCUGCAGGAGAUUCAGCAGAGAGAAGAGGACGGGGACGAGGACGAGGGGGAAGACGAGGAUCUGGACAUGAUGCUCAUGAUACAGCAGAUGGAGAAAAGAACACAGAACAGGAGAAGCUCUGCUGGGAACGGCAACACUGAACUGAGAGAGUUAGAAAAGCAGCAUCUCUCCCAAAAGGAAGACAAGGCAAAGACAGAUCAAAGAGCAAGUGGGCCGACUGAAGACAUUAACAACAUGGCUUCAAAAGAGUGA